GUGUUUACGAAUCCAGAGGCUUUCAAAUCAAAACUUCAAUCUAACACCGACUAGUUUCGCAGCAAACACAAAGGUUCACAGCGGAAUUUUGAACCACCCUAUCAGUUCAGUUGGUAUCCAACGACAACAACGCCAAAGACGACGCCGCCGUCGCCGGUAGAUAUACGCGCGGACGCUUAUGGAAUGGGUGGCAUUGCAGCGCACUCUCUGACGAUGCGAUGAUGGUGGCAGCACAUGGCUUUUCGUCUCGUUGCGACUCCACAGUCUACCAGACAGCAUCCAUCAGUUUAGUUUAGUCGCUUUAUCCAGAGAUGAGCGGACGGACACAAGUAACAGCGCACGAUAGUGUCACUAGUCGUUGAAGUGGACUUUUUAGUAGAUAGCCGGUUAUGGACUAUAUGUAAUGCCGCGCUUGAGAGUGAGUCUGAGUGAAUUACUUACUACAAGUAGCCAACGCGGACGCCAAGCCAUUACAACUAGUGGGGACAAACGAAGUGCACUGGUGAAGAAACAGUUUUUUCUGCGUUUUGUUUUGGUGGGCCUGCUGGGCCCCGGUCUGUGUCGGAAUAUUUUUUGGCUGUUUCCCGGGCGUGCGUGGAACAAAGGCAUUUCGUAGACGGCCAGGAGGAGGGGUUUCAUAAGCGCAAAUUUGAAUUACAUAUUUUGCUUUCUGGUGAAGAGAUUUGCAUCAAGUGCUUAAGUAUGGCUGGAGAUGAUUACAGCAGCAUAGUGGAAGAACGGAUUGCACGCCCAAGUGAGGUUUUCGAUGUGUACGAGGUGCUCAGCACUGAAGUGGACCGCGUGGGGGAAGAGUUCAGUAUGAAUGAUGAUCAGCUGUUUGAACCGUGGUCGGCAGGACUGGCGCUGUACGGAUACGUAGGAUUUGUCGUCGGAGGUGGAAUCAUGCUCAAUUUGAUUCUGAUAAAAGGGAUCCUGCAGGCUAAAUAUAGCGGUGCCUUAUAUUUUGUCCUACAAAUCGCAGUAUUGGAUAUCUGCACCCUACUAAUAAGUAUUUGGGAACUGUUCUACAUCGUCCACCAGCAAUGGACUUUCGAAUCCGAGCAUUGCACUUUCUACAUAGGCUUCGAAUCUUUCACCAAUAUUGCCAUCGUUUACUUCAUCAUAGGACUGAACUUCCAUUCGAUCUCAACGUACAAUCUGGCUCAGCAGAUCUCAACGGCCGACGAUGAGCUAACCAACCCAUGCCACGACCUGGAUGGCAGUUCCGACUACAUGACUGCCGAGGAGAAUAACUAUGAAGUUGCCACUGAAAGCAUCACCCAGAAACGGUCGCUUACCAUCGACUACCGACAUCGGAAAACCAGCAUACCGGUGAUUUGGCCCGUCCUGCUGAUCUGGUUCAUCGCCAUGUCCGAAUCGCUGCCACUGUUCCUGUUCUCCGAUGUGGUAUCAACCGACGAAGAUGUCAAGUUUUGCACCGUGCUGAUCAACGACAGAACCAAUCACUAUAUCAUACAGUGGCUCGUGAUCUCUAUUAGAAUUGUUAUUCCAACCGUCACACUGAUUGUGACCACAAGUAUGACCAUUUUCAAGUUCUUCCAGGGUAGGAAAUUUACGCAUCCACGCGAAAUUGACGAAAACGUUGCGUUCAUUUUGAAAGUGUCGAUUUUCCUUUCGUUGUCGUACGUUGUGCUUUCACUGCAGAAACUGUACGGCUCUUUACUGUUUGAAGUACUCUCUAAGCCGAUACUAAGGCACAAAUAUCCGGAAUUUGACAAACAGUCUGGGUUGAUAUUUUCUCUGUUGCAUUAUUGUUUGUCAUUUAUUCGACCACUUGUAAUAAUUAUAUUGUGUAAGUUAAAGCAUAACCAUAUGGAUAUUACCUUUAUCUAUAAAGGCACCGCGAAGGUCACCGAUAUGUAGUACUAGGCGAAUAAAUUGAAACUUUUUCAAA